AAAGCUUCCCGGGUGGGAGGAAGCGCAGAGGCGGGGCGGCUGCGGAGGCCCAGGAUAAAAGGGGCGAGGAGCUGCCUUCAGGCCCAGCCAGUCCACCAUGAACGCCCGCCGCCUGCGGAUCUUCCUGCUGCACGCCUGGUGGGCCGUGCUCCAGGCGGGCGCCGCGACGGUGGCCACCGCGCCCCUAAGUCUGCGGGGGCAGCCCUCGUCGCCGUCCCCUCUCGCGUACAUGCUGAGCCUCUACCGCGACCCGUUGCCCCGGGCGGACAUCAUCCGCAGCCUGCAGGCGCAAGAUGUGGAGGUGGAUGGGCAAAACUGGACCUUUGCUUUUGACUUCUCCUUCCUGAGCCAAGAAGAGGAUCUGGCAUGGGCUGAGCUCCGGCUACAGCUGUCCAGCCCUGUGGACCUCCCCGUUGAGGGCCCACUCACCAUUGAGAUCUUCCACCAGCUGAAGCCAGACUCAGAGCAGAACACAGCAGGCUGCCUGGAGCGUUUUCGGAUGGACCUGUUCACUGUCCCUCUGUCCCAGGUUACCUUUUCCUCGGAAAGCAUGGUCCUAGAGGUGACCAGGCCACUCUCCAAGUGGCUGAAGCACCCUCGGGAACUGGAAGAGCAGAUGUCCAGUCUGGCCAGAGAAUGCUGGCAGCGGCCCCUGAUGCCACCCAGCACUGACGGGCUCCUAGUGCUCUACUCCAACCUCUCUCAGGAGCAGAGACGGCUGGGCAGCUCCACCUUGUUGUGGGAAGCUGAGAGCUCCUGGCGGGCCCAGGAGGGACAGCUGUCCCGCGAGAGGGGCAGGAGGCAUCGUCGAUAUCACUUGCCAGAUAGAAGUCAACUGUGUCGGAAAGUCAAGUUCCAGGUGGACUUCAAUCUGAUUGGCUGGGGCUCCUGGAUCAUCUACCCCAAACAGUACAAUGCCUAUCGCUGCGAGGGCGAGUGUCCUAACCCCGUUGGGGAGGAGUUUCAUCCGACCAACCAUGCAUACAUCCAGAGUCUGCUGAAACGUUACCAGCCCCACCGAGUCCCUUCCACCUGCUGUGCCCCAGUGAAGACCAAGCCACUGAGCAUGCUGUAUGUGGACAAUGGCAGAGUGCUUCUAGAUCACCAUAAAGACAUGGUUGUGGAAGAAUGUGGGUGCCUCUGAUGAGAUCCUGGAGGGAUGCUGGAUUUGCUUGCACUCUGGAAGGUCAGGAAGCUCCCAGAAGACACGAUGACCAUCUAAUCCAGUGAGGAGAAACAAAGAGGGGGUCUACCCACAAGAACUGAAGGAGAAGGGCUGCCCACUCUGUAAAUGAAGGGCUGUGUGGAGUCUGGCCAAACACAGAGGCCGCUGUCAGGAAGAAGGAGGAGGAAGCUUGUGCGGGGCUUGCUAGGUUUUCUCUUUAUUUAAGACAGCGGUGAGUGAAAGCACAAGUGCAAGAGUUCUUUACCUGAGAUUUUUAAACCUUUGAACCCCUGAAAUCAUAUGCAAAAGUUGGGACAUGUGUGCAUUUAUUUUUGAGGUGGGACAAGGUCAUCUAUAGCUUUCAUGUAUUCUCAAAAGUGGUCUGUGACCUGCCUUUUUCCUCAAAGUAUCACUGCAUAGAUUAAAAACAGUCAGCUCUCGUUGCCUUUGGCUGAGUUAGGAGAGCCCCCCCAUCUCUUUCUGGCUGGC